UAAACACAUUCUAUUUUCUUUCGACGUCGUUGUUCGAGUCGUCGACAUCCUAGUCGUCCAUCCCAACUUUGGAAGUCGGAAAGCUGCCAAAAAAAUAAGUUUAUUUACAGUGAGAAUGCUUUCGUCAUCACCAGGGAAAUUGAACGUAGAAGAUGAGGAAAGAACCAGACCCUCCAAAGAUCUACAAUAGAAUUGUCACAGACAGCUUCGAGACGGCCAUCAAACUGGAAUGUUAAUCCCAAAAAUAUCACACUUGGACUGUCGCUCGAGUCAGGAAAUGAGAACGUAACCAAACACUCUCACGAUAACUCAACAAGUUGAAGCGGGCCGCCUCUCCAUAAGAGAAUAAAUAUAUAAAGAUGCCAAGAUGUCAACAUGAUCCUUCAUUAUCACUCCUUCCAAAGCAUCCAACUCUCGUCCAUCUUUUUUUACUCCCCAAACACCCCUCCAAAGGCCAGGUCGCCAAUAAUGCAACUCACCUCGUUCAUACACACCACUUGUGCCUUGAUGGCAAUGGCGAAUCCAGUUUCCGGGCUACCGGGAGGCUCCUCGGCCGGCAAUUUGGUGCCCCGAGACGACGAUAUCAAGCCGGCCUGCGGUAACUCACCAUCCGCCUUUGUCAAGGCCGACGGCGCCACCAUAUCCAGCCGUCUCCGGACUGAUCACCCCAAUGACGGAUUCACGAUGUUACAUAAUACCAUGCAAGGCCAAACCAUCCGCAGUGCUCAGGUGUGCUUAAACAACCAGGGAACAUUUAGCCAAACCCGCACUGUAGCUACUCUUGCUGUGGCCGAUGCGACGGAUGAGGUCCUUAAACGCUGCUGUCCAGAUGAUACCGUGCCAUGCCAGGGAGGCUUGGGCUCUGUAAAGUCGACAGAUGGUAAAAAGACUUUCCCGCUUGUUGUGGCUUCAGGGACUGUUAAUUGCGAGACCAUUAAAGCCGUCGAGUCCAAGUUCUUUUAGAGGCCGCUCAUCCGACAGUGUGGUGGUGAAAUAACCCACACCUAAAUUAUAUAACCUCCCAAAUGAGUUGAGCUAGGCCCUAGCUCCUGGCGAGUCAGGCAGCUUGGGAGAUUCUUCGGGUCAUAGUGCGGUGCUGCGGUGCGGUUGGAAUUGUGGUUGUGGUUAUGGUGAGAAUAGCCUGCUUGAGGCC